CCUGAUCGGGAACGAGCGAUCUGUCAACUGCUGCUGCUUAGUAGACGCUGCUAGUGUCGCCUUACUGUUCCCUCUUCGUACGCGAACGUCCGUUUGCUUCAACUCAGUACCAUGCGAGCAGAAGGCUCCAUGCGCCGGUUCUGGACGGCCCUGACACGGAAGAAACAGAACGAAGACGAUGGCUCCGAGUCGAAGCUGGCCCGCGUCCUGACACUGCUCGAUCUGACCGGGCUCGGUGUUGGCAGCACGCUAGGGCUUGGUGUGUAUGUCCUCGCUGGUGCGGUUGCACGGGAACAGGCCGGACCGGCUGUGGUUGUUUCGUUUCUCGUGGCCGCGAUCGCAUCCGCCAUUGCAGCCCUUUGCUACGCUGAGUUUGCGGCUCGCGUACCCAAAGCUGGUUCUGCUUACGUCUACAGCUAUGUCAGUAUCGGCGAGUUUACCGCAUUCACGAUCGGCUGGAACUUGAUCCUGGAGUACGUGAUCGGUACGGCUAGUGUGGCACGUGGAAUGAGCGGUUACAUCGACUCCCUGGCUGACAACAAAAUCAGCAAAGCGAUGCGAGACGCCAUGCCGAUCGAUGUCGACUUCCUGUCAGAUUAUCCGGACUUUUUCUCGUUCAUCGUCGUGAUGAUCCUGGCCGGGUUACUGGCGUACGGUGUGAAGGAAUCCACGCUCAUGAACAACGUCUUCACCGGCGUCAAUCUGAUCGUGAUCGGUGUCGUUCUGGUGGCGGGUGGCAUCAACUGUGACCCGGAUAACUGGACCAUCGACCCGAAGGACAUCCCGGAGGAAUACAAUGGCGGCGCGGGUGGAUUCGCACCGUUUGGGUUCGCUGGAAUCAUGGCUGGGGCGGCCAAGUGUUUCUACGGGUUCGUUGGGUUCGAUUGCAUCGCAACGACCGGUGAAGAGGCGAAGAACCCUGAGCGCAACAUCCCACUCGCGAUCGUUAUCUCGCUUAUCAUCAUCUUCCUUGCGUACUUUGGCAUCUCAACCGUGCUGACGAUGGCACUCCCGUACUACCUGCAGGACCCGGAAGCACCUUUCCCGCAUCUGUUUGAGUCGAUCGAAUGGUACGCGAUCAAGUGGAUCGUGUCGAUUGGAGCGAUCUUCGCGCUAUGUACCAGCCUGCUCGGUGCAAUGUUCCCGUUACCUCGUGUUCUGUACGCCAUGUCCUCGGAUGGUAUCAUCUACAAGAAACUGCAAACGGUGCACCCAAAAACGCAGACGCCUGUGCUGGCAACACUGCUGUCGGGGCUGUUGGCGGCCAUCAUGGCGGCUUUGUUCAAUCUGCAACAGUUGAUCGACAUGAUGUCGAUCGGGACGCUGCUUGCGUACACAAUCGUGGCUGUUAGUGUGCUAGUGUUGCGAUACCAGACCGAGGAAAUGCUGAGCAGUUCCGAAUUUAGCGUUACCGUGCCACAGGUGUUGCGGCAGCUGUUUAACAGUGAACGUCUUAAGUCACCUACCCUACUGUCAUCGGCAGUGGUCAAGGUCAGCGUGUGCAUCUUUGCGGUGUUUGUGUGCGGUGCUUGCGGUAUUCUGGUUCCGGCUGAGGACUACAUCAACACGGACUACCCUGGCGUUAUCGCUGGGUUGGCAGUACUUGUGGCCGUACUCGUCCUGCUUUUCGGCAUCAUUUUCCUGCAGCCGACGGACAACAUCAAGUUGACGUUCAAGGUCCCGCUGGUUCCGCUGUUGCCACUGAUCAGCGUGUUCUUCAACCUGUACCUCAUGUUCCAGCUUGACUCCGGCACCUGGAUCCGGUUUAGCGUAUGGCUAGCCGUUGGGUUCUUUAUCUACUUCUCGUAUGGCAUCCGUCACUCGGUAGAGGGCGCUCGGUUGCUGACGAAAAGCGAGCUGGCUGAAUCGAAAGCGAACGGAAUUGACAACACCGGUUAUGAUGGAGCCUCUGAUGGUGUGGUUGAUCAGAAGCAUCCCAAUGGUGCUCCUAUGUAUACGAUCGCGAACGAAUCGACGUAGGAUCGCUUCCCAGCCAAUGGCCGGCUUCCUUUCUGCCGUGCUCCUUUUCCCGAACGCCGAGGAUGAGAACGGAUGCCUUCGGGAGCAGGAGUCAGUAUUACAACCCACAAGAACCCGAUCCGCCUCGGAAUUUGAAUCGUGCGGUCCUUUUAAGCUAAGUACAAAACGCGAACGUGAAAGAGGAGGAAGCUGCACGCGAUCUAGUGCGUCACUGACCCAACGCGUCGUUGGUCGGCACAUACAGUCAUUGUGAUAAUUAUUGCAUACUAGUGAUGUAAGAUUUUUAAAAUAGAAACA